AUGGGUGGCUGCAUUCCUUUUCUGAAGGCAGCAAGGACACUGUGCCCCAGAAUCAUGCCCCCUUUGCUGUUGUUGUCCGCCUUCAUUUUUUUAGUGAACGUCCUGGGAGGAGCCCCAGGACACAAUCCGGACCGCAGGACGAAGAUGAUAUCAAUACACAGUCUGUCAGAGCUGGAGCGUCUGAAGCUGCAAGAGACUGCUUACCACGAACUCGUGGCCAGACAUUUCCUCUCUGAAUUCAAACCUGACAGAGCUCUACCUAUUGACCGUCCAAACACCUUUGAGAAGUGGUUUCUGAUUCUGAGAGGACAGCAGAGGGUCGUAUCACUCAAGACAUUUGGUAUUCGUCUGGAAGAGGUGCUCGUGAAUGAGCUUACCCGCCGCAAGCAUCUUGAACUAACAGCCGCGAUGCAGAUUGAAGAAUCCACGGGUCAGGCUGCGGGCCGUCGUCGGGGAAACGUGGUGCAAAGGAUGUUUGGCCGCAUCAGGCGCUUUUUCAGUCGCAGGCGGGAUGAGCCCUCCUUGCCCCGGGAGUUUACUCGCCGUGGGCGUCGAGGUGCAGUAUCUGUGGACAGCCUGGCCGAACUGGAGGACGGGGCCCUGCUGCUGCAGACCCUGCAACUUUCCAAGAUUUCCUUUCCAAUUGGCCAGCGACUUCUGGGAUCCAAAAGGAAGAUGAGCCUCAAUCCGAUUGCUAAACAAAUCCCCCAGGUUGUUGAGGCUUGCUGCAGCUUCAUUGAAAAACAUGGCUUAAGCACUGUGGGGAUUUUCACCCUGGAAUACUCGGAGGAGAGAGUGCAUGAGCUCCGUGAAGAAUUUGAUCAAGGUCUGGACAUCGUGCUGGAUGACACUCAGAACGUGCACGAUGUGGCUGCGCUCCUCAAGGAGUUUUUCCGGGAUAUGAAGGACUCUCUGCUGCCAGAUGAUCUGUAUAUGUCCUUCCUUCUGACAGCAACUCUGAAGCCACAGGAUCAGCUUUCUGCCCUGCAGCUGCUGGUUUACCUGAUGCCACCCUGCCAUAGUGACACCCUGGAGCGUCUGCUGAAGGCCCUGCAUAAAAUCACCGAGAACUGCGAAGACUCCAUUGGCAUUGAUGGACAAUUGGUUUCAGGCAACCGCAUGACUUCCACCAAUUUGGCUCUGGUGUUUGGAUCUGCUCUCCUGAAGAAGGGGAGAUUUGCCAAGAGGGAGUCCAGAAAGACAAGACUGGGGAUUGACCACUAUGUUGCUUCUGUCAAUGUGGUCCGUGCCAUGAUUGAUAACUGGGAUAUCCUCUUCCAGGUGCCUCCCCAUAUUCAGAAGCAGGUUGCUAAGCGUGUGUGGAAAUCCAGUCCUGAAGCCCUGGAUUUUAUCAGACGCAGGAAUUUGAGGAAGAUCCAGAGUGCACGCAUAAAGAUGGAAGAGGAUGCUUUACUUUCUGAUCCAGUGGAAAAUUCUGCUGAAGCCCGGGCUGCUGUCCUUGCUCAGAGCAAGCCCUUUGAUGAAGGUUCCUCUGAGGAGCCAGCUGUGCCUUCCGGCACUGCCCAUUCCCAUGACGAUGAGGAAGGAGCGGGUAACCCCCCCAUUCCAGAGCAAGACCGCCCAUUGCUCCGUGUGCCCCGGGAGAAGGAGGCCAAAACUGGCAUCGGCUACUUCUUUCCUUAG